AUGACCAAAACAUCUUGGCUACUCUCUAGCCUUACGGCGGCAGCGUCGCUUGCGACUGCGCUCGAUCUCAACACAAGCGAUGAGACCUCGAUCAAGCAAGCCGCAUCCGAGAUCGCAAAGGGUCUCUACCUAUAUCACAACGAAAGCGCCACGACGGGCGACUUCAACCAGCCGCAGCCAUGGUUCUGGUGGCUGUCCGGAAACGGGUGGAACGGCCUGCUCGACUAUACAGUAUAUACCAAUGAUACGACAUAUCAAGCCGAUCUCUUGGCCGCCUUGGCCGAAAAUAUAGGCGAAAACCGCGAUUUUGUGCCGGCUGCGCAAUACGGUUGGGAGGCAAACGAUGACCAGGCCUACUGGGUCUACAACGCCCUGACGGCGCUCGAGUACAACUUUGAGCCUCUGCCAUGCGAUGAGACGGCUGCCGACGGAACGUGCCUAAACUCGUGGUUGGCCGUUAGCACAAACGCAUUCAAUCUGUUCGUCAGCCGCUGGGAGGCCGACGCAGGGACAUGCAACGGCGGGCUCAAGUGGCAGUACCGCACGAGUGAGUCGGGCUACUACUACAAGAACUCGGUCACCAACGGCGGUUUCUUUCAAACGGCCGCUCGGCUAGGACGGUAUACGGGCAACCAGACGUUUGCCGACUGGGCAACCAAGAUCUGGGACUGGUCGACCGGCGUCGGGCUCGUGAGCUCCGCAUUCAACGUCUACGACGGUGCUGGAGACAAUGACGGCGCCAACUGCACGGGCAUCAACCAGGACCAGUGGAGCUACAACAUUGCGAGCUACCUCCACGGCGCCGCGCACAUGUACGCCCUCAGCGAACAAGGCGAGACCAAGGACCUCUGGGAAUCGAGGGUACAAGCACUGGUCAGCACGGCCAAGAGCACCUUUUUCGGGCCCACGACGGACGCGCCCGAUAUCAUGUACGAACAAAAGUGCGAGCUCACCAGGUCGUGCGGGACGGACCAGACGAGCUUCAAGUCCAGUUUGUCGCGCUGGUUGGGCAAGACGGCUGUGCUGGUGCCCAGCGUCAGCGACACGAUCAUGGAGCUUCUGACGGCAAGCGCCGAGGGCGCCGCGGCCAGUUGCACUGGAUAUGACAACUCGACGUGCGGAAGCCAAUGGUACACGAGCUUUAACGACCAGUCUGAUUUCGGAGUUGAGCUCUCAGCGCUGGAGGUUGUGCAGAGUUUACUGGUAAAGAAUGCACCGUCCCUUGCGGUAGCAUCGAGUACAUAG